AUGCUGAGAUUUUUAUCCAAGAGAGCUCCGGUCCGCGUCUCUCCCAGACUGGCCAGAACACUGGCCACCGAGUCCGACAUCGUGAGAAUUGAUUUGCCCGAAUCCUCAUUCGAGACUUACGAGUUGGACGCACCAGAGUUGACCUUCGAAACCGAAAAGAGUACUUUGCUGCAAAUGUACAAAGACAUGAUCAUCAUCAGAAGAAUGGAGAUGGCAGCCGACGCUCUUUACAAGGCCAAGAAGAUCAGAGGUUUCUGCCAUCUUUCUGUCGGACAAGAGGCCAUUGCUGUCGGUAUUGAAAAUGCCAUUGACGGCAAUGACGACGUGAUCACCUCUUACAGAUGCCACGGCUUCACCUACAUGAGAGGUGCUCCAGUGAAGGCUGUCCUUGGAGAGCUGAUGGGUAAGAGAUGUGGAGUGUCUUACGGUAAGGGAGGAUCCAUGCAUAUGUACGCCCCGGGAUUCUACGGAGGAAACGGUAUCGUGGGAGCCCAGGUGCCAUUGGGAGCAGGACUUGCCUUUGCUCACCAAUACAGAGACAAGCCAAACUGCACAUUCACCUUGUAUGGUGACGGUGCCGCCAAUCAAGGUCAGGUGUUCGAGUCCUUCAACAUGGCCAAGCUGUGGAACCUCCCAUGCGUCUUUGCCUGUGAGAACAACAAGUACGGUAUGGGUACUUCGGCCUCCAGAUCUUCUGCCAUGGUGGAGUACUACAAGAGAGGUCAAUACAUUCCUGGUCUGAAGGUCAACGGUAUGGACAUCCUUGCCGUCUACCAGGCCUCCAAGUUUGCCAAGGACUGGUGUAUUUCCGGCAACGGACCUCUGGUGUUGGAAUACGAGACCUACCGGUACGGAGGACACUCCAUGUCCGACCCAGGCACCACCUACAGAACCAGAGAGGAGGUUCAGAACAUGAGAUCCAGGAACGAUCCUAUCUCCGGCCUCAAGGCCCAUCUUUUGGAGUUCGGAAUUGCCACUGAGGACGAGAUCAAGGCCUUUGACAAGUCUGCUAGAAAGUACGUCGACGAGCAAGUCAAGGAGGCAGAGAUCUCUCCACCACCUGAGGCCAAGAUGGACAUCCUGUUUGAAGACGUCUACGUUCCAGGUUCCGAGAUUCCGGUUCUCAGAGGAAGAAUCAGAGACGACUCGUGGUCUUUCGAGAAGAAAGGCUUUGCCUACAAAUAG